AUGAGGAUCCCGACGUCGUUCUUGUCUUGGUCUCUCGUCUCCACAUGUUUGCUGCCUGUCACAGCGGCAAAUUCCAACCAAACUGGAGGUCAGCUAUUAGCAGGAGCUGCACGACUGGAUAUAACUCCUGAAAUGAAUCCCAACUGGCUCCCAUUAAAUGAGUACGAACUUGAAAAGCUCUAUAUUCGAGCCAUUGUCUUCGAAAACAAUGGUGAACGGGGUGCCCUGAUCGGUGUUGAGAUUGCCAAUUACGAACAGCUGGUUUAUGAGCAUAUGAUUGGACUUGUGGCUGGUUUGCUGAAUGUCUCUGCCUCUAGUGUUGUUUUCACUGCCACCCACACUCAUGGCGCAGCUCUCUGGGGGUCCGGAUUGUUUUUCACUGAGCACAACUAUGGAAGUCAAGCCGUCAAUAAAUAUCCAACUCUGGGCGACGCAGCUUUAGUCGCAGUGAAAGAGGCGUACGGAAAAAUGGUACCAGCUCAGAUUGACCAUGCCAAAGGAGAGGCCUACCUCAACGUCAACCGGGAUCACAUGAAUCCUCUUACUGGGCGGUGGACUCAGUUUUCAAACUUUUCAGGCCCUGUUGAUCGGGAGGUCCAGGUGUUGACAUUUACCAACCUCAAUAAUACCCCAAUUGCUGCAUACACCACAUAUCCAAUGCAUCCGGUGAACUCCUAUCUGGCUGGGUACUGUAGUUCAGACUGGCCAGAUGCAAUGUCUCGUUGGAUCGAGCAGAGCCUGGGUGGGGAUAUGGUUGCUGUCUACUCUCAUUCAGCCUCCGGUGACUUUAAUCCGCGUUGCCGACGUACUGGAACGAACAAUCUUGCAUCAAUCUGUCGCAUGCCAAUCAAUGGUCUCGAACUGGCACAGGAGCCCAUUGAAGAGGCGAUACGUGACUUUUAUGUCCCUUUAGUACGCCCGGAUGUAACUUACAUUCGUCAACUGUUCUCCGAACUCACCGUGGUUGGCAUUGUGAUAGGCGAAAAGGUUAUUCGUCUCAUUUCCAGUACCACUAGCUGGGAUAAAAACCCUCAAAUUUGGAGCAAGCAAGCAAACGUGACCUGUUCUGGGCGUGCUCGUGUUGAUGAUGCCCGAGAGGGCGUUCCUGGCUACUACACAAACAGCACUGGUAUCGAUAUUAUGACUGGAGCGUUAGGUUUGGGCGACAUUGUUUUGCCACAUGUAGGAGCUGAGAUAUUCACUCGCAUUGGAUGGCGUAUCAUGGAUGAGUCUACUAUGAACAAGACCAUGCUUGUAACCAUGGCAAACGGUUGGUCCGAGUCUGGCUAUAUCGCUGAUGUAGAGUCAGUGGCUCAGGAGGUUUUCCAGACGUUGAACUCUUUACUUGUACCAGGUUCCUGUGCUGAGGACAAAAUUGUGAGCAGUCUUUCGGAAUACAUUAGUGAGUAUAAGAGUACUCUGUGA